GGGUGUUGUCAUCGACGGGUGUCGACGCCACACGCACGCGCGCGACAGACCUUCAGCGUCAGUCCGCCUCAACACGCACUCGGCGUUCACCGACCGCCGACUUUCAACGUUCAGCGUCGACCUCACCCCAGUCGGUGACGAGACACACACGGUCGAACGAUGGCCACCACCCUGUCGCUCUGCGCCCCGAACCGCGUCUCCUGCUCGCGCCUGGGAGGUAAGCGCGCGGUUGGCUCCACCCGCGCGCUCGCCGCGACGCGCGCGCCCGCCCGGUUCGCGUCUAGGAGGAGCGUGACCACCCGCGCGGUCCAGGAGAUCGCCGGUUCGGACUGGAAGAAGGAGGUCCUCGAGUCCGACGUACCGGUGCUCGUGGACUUCUGGGCCACCUGGUGCGGCCCGUGCAAGCUGAUCAGCAAGGUUGUGGAGAAGGCUGAGGAAUCCUACCCGAAGGACAAGCUGAAGAUUGUGAAGAUCGAGGUGGACCCCAACCCGGAUCUGGUGGAGGAGUACGGCGUCUACGGCCUGCCCACCAUCAUCCUAUUCAAGGACGGUAAGAUGGUGGAGGGGAGCAAGCGGGAGGGGGCGAUUAACCUCCCCAAGCUCAAGGAACACCUGUCCGCCUACGGCCUCGACGCGUAGAUUGCACCGCGAGUGAGAAAUUUAACUGCGGGGGGUGUUUGGGCGGGGGCGCUGCGGGUCAGCGUCGAGCGAUUAUAAGAAAUGCAUUCUUUGUAACAGCUGUAUAGGUCUUGAGCC